CUGGAUCUGGCCUCACGUGUUAUUUCUCUCUCCUCUUCUUCUUCAGGUGUGUACUGGAUUGACCCGAAUCUCGGCUGUUCUUCAGACAGCAUUCAGGUCACCUGCAGCUUCACCCAAGAAGGUCAAACCUGCCUCAACCCUAUCACAACAUCAAAGCUGGACUUCGAUAUUGGAAGAGUACAAAUGAAUUUCCUUCACCUCUUGAGCUCUGAAGUCGUUCAGAACAUCACUAUCCAUUGCUUGAACAUGCCGGUUUGGCCGGAAACGUCAUCAGAAGGGGCCUCUGUACGCUUCAAGGCCUGGAACGGGCAGCUCUUUGAACAAGGAGGGCAGCUCACGCCGGAUGUUGUGGUGAACCAUUGUAAGAUUCAAGACGGUCGAUGGCAUCACACUCUCUUUACCUUCCGGACGUAUGACAUCCAGCGGCUGCCGAUUGUGGGCAUUUAUAACCUUCCACCAAGCAAACCGGGGAAGGAAUAUUUCUUUGAGGUUGGGCCAGUGUGUUUCCUCUAGAAGUCAACUUUCUUGGUGCUCCACCUUUUGGCUUCUUUCGGAAGAGAGGCUGCGUCUUCGGGCAGGACACUUGGUGGCCACUUGGACCUCUGCAAGCCCCGAGAUUUGGGGCUUCAGCACUGGGACCAUUGUCAAAUGACAAUGUCAUUGUCAAAUGAGAAGACUUUGCAGAACCAUCUUUGCAGUUUCUCCAUCUCGGCGUGGGGAGAAAAGGUUCGGAAGAACCCCCGGCGGCUUGAAGCAACUUCCGAGACGGCCAGUUGAAGUAGACAUUCUCCAUGGAUGGACUCAUUCCCCCUUCUUCUUCAGUCAAAGGAGGGGAAAAAAAAGUUGCUUGCGGAAAACCCAAAUCUUUCAUGCAGUUUUUGGAAACCCCAGGUCCUUGUUUUUAAUCGAGCAGAGGUUUUGCUGGACAAGACAAAGGAAGUGACUUGGAAAACCGACGUUGCCAUCUUAUGAUAAGAUUAUUAUUAUUAUUUUUUUAAUCUGCUCACUGUUCUGGAACAGGAAGGAUUUUGAUGUGCAAUAUUAAACAGAGAGAGGAGAAAGAGAGAGAGAGAGAAAAAACAUAUAUAGAUAUAUAGAUAUAUAUUAUUUAAGGCAAGAAAAAAAAAGGAACAAAAUCUAAAUAAAAGCCAGCGAGAUUCUUCUUCCUUUUGGAAAUGAAAAAAACAUCCCUUCGACACAGGGUGGUAAGGGGAGAUAUGUCUUUCCCCCCAGCCCAAGUGGAAAGGGGUGAAAAAACUUUGGUGCUACAUUGUAAAAAGAGAAAACGAACGAGAGGAAACAAAAGAAAGAGAGAAAGAGAAAGAAAAAGAGAGAGAGGGACAGGCCUUUUCAAUUUGAUUCUACCUCUCACUGUGAAAAUACUUGGUGCUCUUUUAUUUUUUAAAGAAGUUGUAAUUAUAUAUAUAUACAUACAUAUAUAUAUAUAUAUAUAUAUGAGUAAAACUAUUUAAAACUUCUCAGAGGUGCUACAGUGUCUCUUAAUAGCCUUCCCCUCUGUUUGGGUAAAUUUCAUUUGCAGGAAAAAAACGAAAACUGAAACAAAGGACACGUUCUUCUUAUUGCUACAGGAACGAUAACCGAGUUUUUUAAAAGCGCAUUAAAUAUUCUCCAGAUUAUUAAUUUUUUUUGGGGGGGGGGGAACCCAAAAUUUAGAAACAGGGCGGGUGGGAAGGCAAGGUGUAAAAUUGAAGAGUAGUUGUUAGCUAAUAUAUAUACCUAUAUAAAUAUAUAUAUAUAUAUAAAUAUAUAUACCUGUAUGCAGGGGUGGGAUUGAAAAGUUUUAGCAACCGGUUCUCUGCCCAGUUGCUAGGUGGGUGUGGCCAUGGUGGGCAUGGCCUAGUCGGCUUCCUGCACCAUUGUGGUGGGGUCGUUUUUGCCCUCCCCAGGCUCCGGAGGCUUUUCUCAAGCGUCCAGAAGGGUGAAAACAGCCUCCCCUGGGCUCCAGAGGCCCUCUGGAGGCCGGAAAUGGGCCCGUUUCCGGACUUCUGGUACUUUCGGUAGGCCUGUUUUUCGCCCUCCCAAGCUCCAGAGGUUUUCCUCGAGCCUCCAGGAAGGCGAAAAUGACCACCCCUGGACUCCAGAGGCCCUUCGGAGGCUGGAAAUGGGCCCAUUUCUGGACUUCCGGUACUUCCGGUAGGCUUGUUUUUCACCCUUCCAGAGCCUCUGCGCGGGCCCUGCACUUACCUGGCAUCCAAAACGGGCCACGUGGAGACUCCUGGAAGGGGCGGGAUGGGCGGGGCCAGCCAGUCCUUACAACUACCGGUUUGGCAAACCAGAUUAAAAUUAACAUCUGAUUCGCCGGACCCGGUCCGAACCGGCUGAAUCCCCUCCCAUGCCUAUACGUGUGUGCCAAGUGCAUUUGGUCUUAAGGAGCAGAGGCUAUAAUUUUUUUUUU